CUACGACAUGGCUCUCUACAAGUUCUUGGUUCUGCUGGCUGUGGCGGCCGCUGUGGUCUGCGAGGAGGCUGCGGAAAAGACAGUAGAGAGGGCCCAAGAAGGAUACAGAGAAGUCCACACUCUCUACGGCAGAAACCGGUUAUGCAGGAUACGGCGCUUAUCCCGGUUACAGUGGAUACUCCGGAGCCUACCCUUACUCCGGAAACUACGGAGCUUACUCAGGAUAUUCUGGAGCUAACAAGGGAGCCUACGGUUAUAACAACGCCUACAACAAAGGAGCCUAUCCCUACAGUGGAUAUGCCGGCUACACCGGAGCUGGAGCCUAUCCGUACACUGCAGGUGCAGGAUACGCCGGAUACAACUCUGGAGCCUACCCCUAUGCUGGAUACAACUCUGGAGCCUACCCCUAUGCUGGAUACAACUCUGGAGCCUAUUCCGGAUAUAACGCGGGAGCUUAUCCCUACUCUGCCGGUUACUCUGGUUACACUGGCUACAAGGGCGCCGGAUACGCAGGAUACCCCUACAACUCCGGAUACACCGGAUACCCAUACAACAACGCUUACAGUGGAUACACCGGAAGUAAGGCCGCCGGAUACAAUUACCCUGGAUAUACUGGAUACACCGGAUACAAGGGAUACACUGCUGGAGCCUACGAUGACGGCAAAUACUAUCCUGGCAAAUACGAAGGAUCUUACUGAACUGCUCUUCCGCCUGCAUUUUCUUGCAUUCUUCCUAAUUUCAUGUCAUAAGCAAAUCUGUAUUUUAAUGUAAAAUAAAUUUCUUAAUAAUA